AUGAUUAAAAGCUGGACUUUAUCAAUACUCUAUUCAAUUUUGGAUCAUAUUCCUCCUGUGGUGUGGCUGGUAAUUAAUGUUGUGAACGAUAUUAUAUUAUUCUGGUGUUAUAAGUUCAUUAAUUAUGUCAGACCGAAAUCGAGAAUACAAUACCAUGAAGCAGUGAAAAGUCUGGAAAUUGCGAGCACAUAUAAUGAUUGGUGUGAAAAGGCCACUGUGGUGGAUGAAAUUACAGGUUCUAAUUUAUGGAGAAGGAAUUUUUUCUCUAGGCGUUACGAUUUUAAUUCUGUUUUGGAACAAUACUCUUUGCUGUCGAAAUAUUUAGCAAGUAACGAUUUGGAAUCCAUAAAAGAAAAGUUUUGUACUAUUGGACCAUGCAUGUUAAGAAAUUUUGCUGGUAUCGUUGAUAAGAGACUAUUUACAAAAGCUUUAAUGGGCACCAAACUACUUAUCGAACAAUACCAGGAACACGUAAUUCAAGGGUUAGAUCUUCUAGAUAAAAGUUCAACACCCACGUCUUAUUUUCAAAGAUGUAAAUUAUCAUUAGGAACUACUGCAUUGAUUUUAAAAGGUGGCUCCAUGUUUGGACUAUUCCAUCUUGGCGUUAUAAAAGGUUUACUGUCACAGAACUUGAUGCCAAAUAUUAUCAGUGGGAGUUCUAUGGGUGCUUGUGUGGCCAGUUUGUUUGGUUGUAUAUCGAAUGAAGAACUUCUGAAUUUAUUACAAGAAGAUAAAAUUUUAAAUAUUAUCAAGUACGAUAUUGAUUUAUUAAGGAGCUCAGGGUAUGGCAAUGUCGAACAACAUGUCAACAUCGGUACGUUAAUUCAGAAUUUAUUACAUAAUGGUUAUUCGCAGGAUGUUUACCUUUUCAUUCAAUUUGUUAAUAAAUAUAUCGUGAAAGAAAUGACGUUUGAAGAAGCAUAUCAAAAAACUGGCAAAGUGUUCAAUAUUGUCAUUCAUCCAACCGAUCCAUCUUGUCCAAACUUGCUGAAUUAUGUUACGACCCCAAAUAUGAUAAUUGCUUCCGCUAUAUAUUGUAGUAUGGGGUCGGGGGUGAUUCUAGAAGACACUAAAUUACUUUGCAAGAACCUUGACAAUGAAGUCAUUCCAUUUUUGGGAGGUGAGAAGAACAUAAAAACAAAGUUUUUGGCACCAGAGAAUGCUAAUAUUAAUGAUUCAUAUAGUCCUUAUACUAGACUAACAGAGCUUUUUAACGUCAAUAACUUCAUUGUUUCCUUAGCUAGGCCAUAUCUAGCCCCAUUUGUUGUUAAUGAUUUAAAACAUGAGAUCAAGACCUCCAAGUAUUAUUACUAUAAACAUUAUCCAGACACACCUAAUGCAAUGAUUCUGUCACAAUUAGAUUAUACUGAAAUGGAACCACUUGCGUUUAAAUUCAAGUAUCAUUUAGAGAGAAAAUUAAAGAAUAUCCUCACAAUGGAAUUUAGACAUAGAAUGGAAGUGCUUGAUAACUUGGGCUUAUUAUGUUCUUGGGUGAAAAGAUUCAUAAUCGAUGACAAGACGCCAAGAAGUGCAAUCGAAAUCACCAUAGUCCCCAAAAUGAAGAAUCUGACAGUCACAAGAGUAGUGGAAGGACAACUAGACAACAUCAAUUACUGGCUGCAUGGAGGUGUAGUGAAUACGUGGCCCGUGCUUCCCCUGAUCAGAACACGGUGUGCAAUCGAAUACAAAUUAGAUAAUAUCAUCAAAACAAGAAGAAAGAAAGUAAACGCAUCGUACAUUCUCACAUAA